UUAAGCAUGGUAUUACUAAACACACAGCUAGAGUGACGAUGGGAUGAUUUACAUGAAAGCGUGCGCCAUUAGACUUGUCACUUGGGAAUUUUUUGCAAAACUUGAACAUUCAUUUUCACAGAUAUUCUCUAUCCAACUUUGUAAUGCAGAAAAAGUUUUAUUAUAGAUGUGCAAAGAUGUUAAAGUCACAAUCAAUGAAAGCUUUUCAGCUUUUUGUUACAAUAGCCAAGUAAAAAAAAUUAUUUCCUAUAACUUUAUAAUUAUGUCCAUUUUAAUGAACUAUUCCAUUUUUUUUUUUUUGUAAAAUACUCUUCAAUUUUUCGGUUGUGGGCAAAAUAUUUUCAGAAAAAUUCAAGGAGUGUCAUUACUUUAUAAGGGACUUAUUUUUCUAAAAUAAUAAUAAUAGAAAAAUUUUAAUAGUUUUUCAGGUUUUCUCGGUCUAAUGAUUGUUUAGGCACAAGAUAAGAAGUGUGAUCCCAUUCCUCUUUCUGCCAUGGCAACUUCAAGGAACCAGAAUUGGAGGCGAAGGUGGGGGGUGACAUAGGAGGAGCUAAAGUCUAAAGUCCAGGUGGUCCAAAAUGCGUAAAAACGCAGCGUAAAAAAGAAGCACAAACACUCACGAAACACACCACCUCGCCGCAGCCCUCUGUUGUUGAGCUGAUUUCAGAGGAAAGAGGAGGAAAAGUACCGCUUUUGGAUUUGCAGCGGGAGGAAAACCCGAAACAAUUGGACGCGUUGCGGUGGUGCUGCGCUGCGAGAAAACCAGAAAAAAACGGGCACUGAACGGAGCUGGGUAAACUUUUUCUCUGUUGUGCCGAAUUCGACAGUUGCCUUACCUGGAAUUUUUUAGGCUACUUUUGUCAACGACAAGUGGAGAUAUGUUCAAGAAAACCAAGAGUAAAGUACUGGUGGAUUAUGCGUCAGAGGAAGACGACAUGUCCUGGCAUUAUCAUCACUCCUACAAGGACAAAGACCUGGGAGAGGAAGAGGAGGAGGACGCUGGCACUGCGUUAGCCAAGGAGGCAAAGGUGAAAAAGAUUAUGUCAAAGAAGGAGAGGAAGGAGAAAAAGAUGCUGUCCUCUAAGGAUGACGAGCACUUGUUGCUGUCCGGGGUGAAGGUGGCCGAGCGCAAAGUGUCCAACAAAAAGCUCAAGGAAGGUGAGAAGGAGAAGAAGGACAAGCCGGAAAAGGGGCACUGUUUCUGGGACAGUGUUACGAUGACAAUGAGGCAAAUCUCGCCUGCCAAAAAACUGGAGAAGAUGGAGGGCUGGGAGCCUCCACGGUUGGCAAUUGUUUCUGAGAUUGUGCCUGACGAAGCCCUCAUUGAGAACGGUCAGAACGGGGAGUCGGCAUUGUCCCUUCCUCCCGACUCCUUAAGUGUUCCCUUGGAAAUUCCUGCGUGGAGUGGCCAGGGGUUUGAGGAGGACUCCUCUCGCUAUGCCAACCUGAUGGACUCCAAUGACCCAACAGCUGCAGUGAGGUGGACGUCCCGUGCCAAGGUCAAGCUGGCUGGCAUUAGCAGAAUGAGCAGAGGGAUCGCGUCAGAGAGCCCAUGGGCAGGAUUUAAACAGUAGCAUUGUUUUGCUCAGUAGACAAUCUGUUCCAGAUUUCUGCCUCUUCCAGAUUUCAUUUUCCUUCUAACUCCAGAAGGAAAAUGUAAUGCUAGAGACUGUCACACAAGAAAAUUAAAGAGGCAGUGCCUUAAAUUGCUCUACCAGUAGUGGCCAGUAGAUGCCAGGAUUUCUUAUUCUCCUACUUGUGUCUAUUGAGAGCAUUAAAGGGCAUACAGUGGGCCCCCCAACCCUCUCCCCGGUAUUCAAGAGUGUUUUCUGCCGGCAAAUAUGCAAAAACACUUAUAACUGCCUUUUUUAACAGUUAAAACACAAAAUAUACCUUAAUAUGUAUUAAUGUGCACAGUGGAAACCAUCCCAGCACUACUACAGAGGCCAACAUCUACAGUUUUCAGCAAAUACUGAACCAUGAAUAGUUGGGGGUCCACUGUAUAUCAUCAUUUUUACAACUUUUCCUUUUUAAUUUUGUUCACGUCUGUAUGUGAUGAAAGUUAUUUCCAUAUCUGGAAUCAGAAGUAAGUAAUUGAAAGCAGUAAAAAUAAAGAAACCAAGCAGAAGGCGUCUAAGAAUGCACGUACAUCUGGAGGGUCAAAAGUUUUUUUGUUUUUAUUUUUGCAUCAGAAAAUGCUUAAAAAAACAAUAGAAAUCUAAACUGUGAUUUAUUUGUGGUUCAUACUUUCAAUAUUUGUAGAUUUUCUGUUUCUCUAAUGUGGUAUUGUCCUUUAACUUUUCCCCAAAAUGGUGAGUUAAUUUCACUACAACACAUUUUAGUCAUUAAUUGCUUUAUUCCUUCAUUUUGAGCAGUGUAGUGUUGGUUCUUCCAGAGGGACAUGAUGGUUACAGCAAAAAAAACAAAAAAAACCUCCAACUAUGGCUCCAACUUAGCUAGCAAUCUGUUGUUAAUGGCAUCAUAUUGCCAGGAAGCUACUCUAAUCCUUAAAUAUUACAUGUAAGGUUUUUAGGUUUGAAGGAAAUGAGUUUUUUUUUAGAAGGACUUUUGUUUGUGAAUCACUAUCAAAUGCUAAAUCUGUUGAAAUGAAAGCCUUUAUACAAUUUCUGUUUUCAUUUCUGGAAUGCGCAAUUUUUGCCAACGGGCGAGAAGAUCAUUUCUCGCUCCAACGAGACAAUCAAAUAUCAUGCAAGCUUGUUGUACUACUGAGUUUAUGUAGCUAGUUUUUACGUCCUUUCUUUACAAAUGCGGCACCCUCAAACUGUCUGAAGCCUUAAUUUAAAAGCUCAGAAAUGGGUUGUGCAAUCAUAAAAAACAACAUAUUUUGAAACAA